CGUCGAACGAAGCUGGGGGCUUGUUUUCUCAUGAUUCACAGGUGCGCGCGUCUCCGUCAACUCAAGCCCAAGGCGCCGGGCCGCACACCACCGCUCACCUGCAGUACGCUAGACUGGCACGGCAGAACCCCUUGGUCUGUCUUACCGUGGAGCUGGUUCGUGGGUGUACUUUAGAAUCUCUCUCGGCCCGUUUUUCUCAUACCCACAUCCCUCGUUCCCUGCUGGCGCUUGUUACACCAUCUCAAUCUGUCGUUUUGCAUGCUCUGAUAGCUCGCAUUUGUCGACGCCGGGCCCCACCAUGGCUGUAUUCUCGAGCCUUGCUUUCUCGCUUCUCUUCACGCUCGGAGCUGUCUACUUUUUCGAACGCUCACGGCGCCGGAGAAAUGAACGACCAUUACCGCCGGGCCCAAAGGGCGUUCCCGUCCUGGGAAAUGUAAACGACAUGCCCAAGCCUGGGGUUCUCGAAUGCCAUCAUUGGCUGCAGCACAAAGACCUAUAUGGUCCCAUCAGUUCGGUGACGGUGCUGGGGCAGACCUUCGUCAUCAUCAAUGACUCGCAGAUUGCUUUCGAGCUGCUGCGAGAUCGCUCGGCGAUCCACUCGUCACGCCCAGGCCUGGUGUUCAGUUGCGAUAUGGUGGGAUGGCGCCACGCGAUGGCCAUGUGUCCGUACGACGAUUUCUGGAAGACGCAGAGGAAGAACGUCACGAAGAUUUCUAGCACUACCGCUUCCAUCUCUGUGUUCGACCGCGUGCAGGAAGCUGAGGCUGUGCAUUUCUUGCUUAAUGUUUUGGAUGCUCCCGAGAAGCUUUUCGAUCACAUACGCAAGGAGGCUGGUAGUGUCAUCCUCAAGAUCACGUAUGGAUACAACACCGUACCGCGCGGCAACGAUCCGUUUGUCGACUUGGCCACCAAAACUAUGGUGCAAUUUGCUGAUGCUACGACACCCGGACGCUGGAUGGUUGAUAUCUUGCCUUUCUUGAGAUAUCUCCCAGAGUGGGUUCCCGGAACGGGCUUCAAAGACACGGCGAGGCGGAUGGCUGUUCAGCUGGCCCAAUGUACCAAUCAGCCAUAUCAGUUCGUCAAACAGCAAAUGCGGGAGAAACGACACAAGACAUCAUUUCUAUCGCAGUGCAUUCAGGACAUUGGCAGUGACACGGAGAAGGAAUUUGUGCACAAGUGGGCUGCACUUGCAUUGUACCUUGGAGGCGCUGACACGACCGUUUCCGCGCUGAUGACGUUCUUCCUCGCUAUGACCGUUUUCCCCGAUGUCCAGAAGAAGGCCCAAGAAGAGCUUGGCCGCGUAAUCGGCCCCUCCCGCCUCCCCGUAACUACCGAUAAACCCUCCCUGCCCUAUAUCGAAGCCUGCAUGCUGGAAACCCACCGUUGGCACCAAGUCCUACCCAUGGGCCUGCCGCACAUGUCGACCGAAGAAGACAUCUGCCGCGGCUACCGCAUCCCCAAAGGCGCCAUCUUACUCUCCAAUAACUGGCACUUCACGCACGACCCCGCCGUCUACCCCGACCCCAUGACCUUCCGGCCCGAGCGCUUCAUCACGACUGCCACGCACAAGGCGGAAACGGAUCCACGCAGCUUCAUCUUUGGGUAUGGGAGGAGGAUCUGUCCCGGCAGGUAUGUCGCGGAUAACGCGCUCUUUAUCACGAUUGCUCAGAGUCUGGCGGUGUUUGAGGUGCGCAAGGCGAUGGAGGGUGGGAAGGAGGUGGAACCGAGGGUGGAGUUUGAACCAGGUGCUAUUAGUCAUCCGAUGCCAUUCAAGUGUGAUAUUAGACCGAGGUCGGAGAGACAUGAGAGAUUGAUUAGGGAGGCGGAGAGGGAGUAUCCGUUGGAGGAGAGCGAUGCGAAGGAGUUGGAGAAUAUUAAAUGGUAGACAGGAAGUUUGGUCUGUAGAUGUGUCGGAAUUUGGGGCAGGAGCUCCUAGCUAUGUGCUCGUGAGAGGUUGCGGUUUCUGGUAAGUGGGAGCGUGAGCGUAGACUACCAGGGACCACCCACCCCCCCGCGAGCCUAUAGAUAGCGGAACUCCUACCCCAGCUCUGUAUUAUCGAUCUUUUUAAAUACUAUACUCAUGGACCCUAAGUGGAUGGUGG